AUGCCAACAAUUGGUACAUUUCAUGGUCAACAAUAUGUUCCAACUCCAAUACACCUUCAAGGUGUUCGUGACGGUUUAUUUACAGAUGGAAAAAGUGACAUUUUUUCAAAGAGAGCAAUAUCACCUAUAAUAACAACAUCCUCAUCAAUUCGUACGGAACAGAGAUCCCUAAUACCAACAACAAAGAUACAAUCAAAUCUACAGACAGCAUCUGGAAAGGCAGUAUGGUCAACAAAACAGAAAAUCAUUGUUGGCGUUGUCAUAGCUGCUAUUGCAAUUGCUAUUAUUAUUACAGUCAUUGUUUUGAGUGUUCUACUAUCACGAAAAUCAGAUGCGACGACAACAACAGCUACUACUACACAAACAACAGCUGUUACUAUUGCAUAUUGGUCUUUUGAUUCUAUAACAACAGAUUUCUACAAUGUUUAUAAUGGAGUAUUGAUGAAUAGUGCACCAUUUUUUUCUAAUACAACUACUCAACCAUAUGUUGGUAUUGGUGGAGGUCUGAGUUUAACAGCAUCAUCAAGUCAAUAUUUUUCUGUUUCAAGUCCAUUUCUUGAUCUCACUUAUAAAAGUUUUACAAUUGAAACUUGGAUUUAUCCAUCAAUUAGUAGUACUGCAGAUUAUGGUAUAUUCGGUCAAUGUCAAUGUUCAUCAUGUCCUAAUCAAUGUUUAUAUUUUAUUAUUCGAUCAUAUCGUUUAUAUGUUAGUUUUAUGAAUAAUGAUUUAAGUGGUAGUACAAUAUUGACAAGUAAUACUUGGUAUCAUAUUGCUUUUGUUUAUAAUUAUAAUACACGACAACAAAUCUUAUAUAUUAAUGGAUAUCAAGAUGCUAUUAAAUCUAAUUCAAAUUCAUAUCAAGGAACUAAUGGAUCAAUUUUGAUUGGUGCAGCUCUAGUUUAUUUAACAACAAGUUAUUAUAGUGGUCUUAUUGAUAAUGUCAAAAUAACAACAAGAGCAAAGUCUGCAACAGAAAUAUUGAAUGUUGCAUCUUUAACAGCUUAUUUUUCAUUUGAUCAAUUGAACCCUACUGAUGAUAGUGGUCCAUUAGAAUUGAAUGGAAUAGCAACUAAUAUAGCACUUGUCGAUGGACGUGUUAAUGAAGCAAUGCGUUUUUCUGGUUCAUCAUCUUAUUUUUAUGCAUAUGGUUUUUUUCAAAUUGGACAAAGUGUUAUUUCAAGCAAACCAUUUUCAGUUUCUUUAUGGAUUAAUCCAUCAUCUACUGCUAGUUGUACUCUAGUUCAAACCAUUGGUGUCCUAAAUAGUUCUCCAUGCCAUAACUUACUUGGUUUCUAUUCAGCUGUUGGUUCAACAAUGCAAAUUCUCGUACAAGGAUAUGGUUGGCCAUUAAUCUAUGGUCCUUUUGUUACAGUGAACACAUGGACACACAUUUCAGUGACAUACAGUCAAAUAAAUGGACUUCGAUUAUAUGUGAAUGGAGUGUAUUAUGGUAGUUCUGGUAGCUUCACAUUUUCGGCUAGUGGCCGUAUAAUGUAUUUAGCAUUAGGAUAUAUGUCAUCUUGUGGAUCAAAUAUUAUUAAUGCUGGUUAUCAAAGUUUAGUCGAUGAAGUAUAUGUGCAUAGUCGUGAAAUAUCUCAAAGUGAAGUUAGUGCUCUAGCAAAUCCAUAA